UUCCCCAGCCUCGGGCGUUGGGUGGGCUGGGUUAGCUGGGCGCGCGUGCGCGUGGCGUCACGGGCUGCAUGCCUGCGCCUGCUCCCACGCUGCCGCGCCGCCCGCCCGGAAUGCCGGCCUCGGGGCCCUGCGGCCGGGCGCUGCUGCCGGCCGCCUUGGCGUUGCUUCUCGUCACCGCGGCCCUCCGGCUCUUCGAGGGGGUCUCCGGGCCGCGGCCCCCGGCAGGGGAGCCAGCCCGAGAUGGGCUGCGGAGGACGCUGGAGGAGCCGCGGGCGGCGGGCCGGCCGUGGGGGCCGCUGCCCCUGGGAGCCUUGUACGCCGUGGGCGUGCUGGCCUUCGUGCUGCGCCGGUGCCUGCAGGGACAGAACGAGGCCGACGCCUCCCCGGAGGAGAAGCCCGCCGAGAAGGAGCUUUUGCGCCGAGAAGCGCAGCUGGCUCAGGAACUGGCGAGGACGGAGCAGCUCCUGGGCGGCCUGCUGGACCAGCUGGACCCUCUGUUUGAGCGGGUGGAGGCGCUGGCCGGAGCCCAGCAGGACCUGCUGACGUUGAAGCUUCAGACCAUCGGCCAGCUGCUAAAGGACCAGGGACUCCGCACGGCCGUUGCCUCCCAAGGUACCGGGGCCAGCCAGGAUUCAAAUUCCAACCGCCACCAGAGGAGGCGGAGCCGGGCAAGGGAAUUCUCCACUCCGCCCUCUGUCGCCUCGGAGGCCUAGAAGCUGCGAUAUUGUGCACGUACAAAGGAGGCCUCGGGCUGCCCGCCCAGUCCCCACUUCCUCCUUUCUGGCCUUCCCGCGUGCGCACGCGCACACUCCAUGC